AUGGCCACGAUUAAGGCCAUCGAAGGCCGAUCGGUACAUCAGAUACAGUCUGGACAAGUCAUCGUCGACCUCAACUCCGUCGUUAAGGAACUUGUGGAGAACAGCCUGGAUGCCGGAGCUACUUCAAUCGAUGUACGGUUCAAGAACCAGGGUCUCGACAGUGUUGAAGUGCAAGACAAUGGCAAGGGCAUUGCACCGGACGACUAUGAGACUGUCGCGCUGAAGCAUCACACCUCCAAGCUAUCGAGCUAUGAAGAUCUGACUUCGCUCGACACUUUCGGCUUUCGCGGCGAGGCAUUAUCAUCGCUGUGUGCUUUGUCCAAAUUUCAUAUCCUUACUGCUCGGCUGGAAGAUGGCGCCGCUGGCAAGCGACUUGACUUUGAGGUUUCCGGUAGACUGAAGUCGACCUCGGUGGCGUCUGCACAGAAGGGCACUACUGUCUCGGUAGAUGAGAUCUUCUACAACCUGCCUGUUCGUCGGAAGGAGCUAGAGAAGAACAUCAAGCGCGAGUAUGGAAAAGUGCUGAGUCUCCUUCAAGCAUAUGCCUGCAUCAGCGUCGGUGUACGCUUCUCGGUGAGCAAUCAGAUGGUCAAGGGCAAAAAGAUUGUUGUCUUCUCCACAAAGCCCAACACUACAACCAAGGAGAACAUCGUCAAUGUCUAUGGUGCCAAGACAUUACUUGCUUUGACAAAGCUCGAUCUCCAUCUCGGUAUGGAGCCGAGUCACGGACCUAGCAUACAAGGAGCUCGAAACUGGUCUACACAGGCGACAGACAGGUCAAUGGAGGUGCAGGUACAAGGCCACAUCUCUCGACCUGUGUUCGGCGAAGGUAGACAGGCUGCAGACCGUCAGAUGUUCUUCGUCAACUCGCGGCCGUGCCACCUACCACAAGUCUCGAAGGCGAUCAACGAAGUCUACAAGUCCUUCAAUGUUAGCCAGUCGCCCUUCAUCUUCGCUAACCUUGUUAUGGACACGAAUUCAUACGAUGUCAAUGUUUCACCUGAUAAGCGCACGAUCAUGUUGCAUGAUCAGACCGCGCUUCUGGGAAGUCUCAAGACUGGCUUGACUGAUCUCUUCGAGCACACUGAUCAUACAAUACCACAAUCCACGCUACCAAAUCGAAAGCUGCCGGCUUACCAGCCUCUGAAUGUCGCCAGGUGUAAUACCCCAGGCCAAAGCGUUGCUGAUAGCACCACUGCCCCGUCAGAGGCGGAGAGUAGUGACGAAGACAUAGAUGAAGUUGCGCCGGCAGUAAAGCGUGUCUCGCAUAGUGCCAACGCUGCUACCAACGAGACGCAGCCAAACCUCAUGCAGGGUUGGCUUGGUCGUGACGCGGAGGAGAGGAAGCCACCACCAGCAAAGAGGAAAUCGAUCAUUGAGGUCUCGAAGGACAAGCAGAAUCUGGUUGAGCAUAUGCGAAAGGAGUUCGAUACAGAACUUUCUGCUGAGACGGUUGAAGCAUCCUCAGUUGUCGAACCACAGACUUCUGACGUUCCCGAGGAUCCUUUAUCUGGUGAACAAGAGGCACUAUCCGGUCCGAAGCACGUGGAAGACCAUGUGCAGAUGAUCGGGACACCAGCACGAGACACUGUGCCGGAUCCUAUGAGCACAGCAUACGAUGAUCUCUUCUCACAACGACCACCACAUUUGCCAAAGUGUGACACAACACCCGAAUCGACUGUCGUGGCAGCGCGAAUGAAUUCCGACGAUCGGAUGGGAGAGAAACUGGGGACCGAAGAGCCCAUGUCGCCACCGAAUGAAUCGUCUUCAAUUCCCGCCAUCAGCACAAGCUCGCGGAAGAAUACGCCUGGACCCGUGCAGAACGCAUUCGACCGCAUGAGACCGAUACGAAUGCCCUCACAGAUUGCCGAGAUCACUGUCGGACAUACGACUACUACUACAGUGCUUGGAGGCAGUCCUCCGUACAAGAAGAGGCGUGUGUAUGCACCCAACAACUCACAGUCCAUUGCUAAGUUUGGUGCGAAUCCAUUGCUAGCCCGUGGACUUCGCAACUUUGCUGCCCCGGGCUCGCAAAUGGAAGUAGAUAGUAGUGACAUGCCCAGUACAGCAUUGAGACGAGCCUCCGCAGCCCUGUCCGAGUCUGGAUCUGAGGAGGAGGGCGCUGCAAAGGACUCGCUGGAAGGCGAGGACGACAAGGAUGUGGCAGAUCCUGUUGAGGUCGAUCAGCGCGCUUCUGAUCCGCUGGAUGAGCUACUACCUGCACCAGCCGACGAUGACGAAUCGGACGAAGACGAAUUGGACGAAGACCAUGUCGACGAACGCGAGCGGCGGAUACAAGAGGAUGAGAAAGUGGCGCGCCUGAUACAGGAAGCUGAAGAUGCUGCAGCUCGACCGAGUGAGGAAAACCUGAAGCGGGCCUCGCAAGUGCUGAAAAAUGGUGGCAAUCGAAAAGAAGCUACGCUACAGCUGAUGCAAACGCUCGAUGACUCCUUGGCCGACAUAAAGAUGCAGAUGACCUCUUUGAAGAGUAUUGCAGUACCUUGCGAACAGAUUGACGCAAGUGCAGGUGCAGAGUAUGGUGUAGUCAAGGAGGAGCUCGAUGACAAUAAUGCCGAAAGCAAGCUAUCUCUGACUGUGACCAAAGCGGACUUCGAACGCAUGACCGUUGUCGGCCAAUUCAACCUAGGCUUCGUCCUGGCUAUUCGACCUAGCUCUGGUGACGGUACACAAGACGAGCUUUUCAUCAUCGAUCAACAUGCGGCAGAUGAGAAGUACAAUUACGAGCGGCUGCAGCGCACAGUCACUCUGCAAAGCCAGCGGCUCGUUCGUCCUAAGCUGCUUGAGCUCACGGCUGUGGAGGAAGAAAUCAUACUCAACAACUCAACUGCACUGAAGGCCAAUGGCUUCGAGAUCGAGACUACUUCUGACCCGACUGACGAUGAUGAUCAUCCAGCAGUUCGUCAGCAUCGUCUUCUGACCCUACCUCUGAGUGGUACGAAGACCUUCUCGCCUUCCGACCUAGAAGAGCUGUUGCAUCUCCUAUCAGAAAUACCAUCGGGCAGCUCCGAGAUUCCUCGACCGAGGAAAGUUCAGCGAAUGCUUGCUAUGCGGGCCUGCCGAAGCAGUAUCAUGGUCGGCAAAACUUUGACCAAGAAGCAGAUGAGCAGAGUCGUGACACAUAUGGGCGAGAUGGACAAGCCGUGGAAUUGUCCUCACGGGAGACCGACUAUGAGACAUUUGGCUGGACUCGGGGCUUGGAACGGGUGGCAGGAAGGUGAUGCUGUCGGAAGUGCGGAUGAGUGCGAUGAGAGUCAGGCCAUGCAGGUGCAGGUGGGAAGGAGGACUGACUGGGCUGCGUGGCUGGCGAUGCAGAAAAGGCCCAACGACUGA